AUGUCAUAUUACGAUUCGAACGGUCAGUGGUCCUCCGGCCAGAACAACUGGGACCAUCAAGUACCUGCCCUGCGCACUGGCGCUAGCGGUCCUACUCCCCAGGACGAGUUUGCCUUCUUCUAUCAAUUCGAUGAGGUGGACCGAGCCUACGAAAACCUCGCGAAGAGCGGAAAGACAUAUGGCGCGGCUUCUCGACAUCCUCGUGGAGCCGUUGGUAUGGGCGGCCCCCGUUCCCACGGAGUGGGUGAUUUCGGCGAAAAUCCCCGGGGCCAUCCUCCCUCGAACCUCCAAGGCUUCUAUGCCACUCAACGCCAUCAACCCUCCCGUGGCUCCAGCGAGGCAGAGCAGAUGAUGCAGGCGAAAAGGCGGAUGGCAGCACAGCGGGAACGAGAGCUUCGAAAUCUUCACACGGAGCAGCAAUACCAGCGAACCGUUCUCACCGAUGUUUCCUAUGGACCCAAGAGCAUGUCGGAGGAAGAGACCAGGGACUUGAUUGCUCGCCAGCGGAGCGCUCUUUACAAGGAGGGCCCAUUCGCCGAGAAGGGCGGCUACGUUGACGAAAAUGGUGUCGUACGAUCCGGACUCCCUACUCACAGCGGGCCGGCUAGUCUUCGAGGUGCGUCGCCUUUGACUUACGACCUGGGCCGCAACGUUCCCGCCCCUGAGGGUCCUCCCUCUGGCGUCGACACCACCCAGGUCGGCCAGGAGAUUGGCUCGCGACCCAAUAGCACGGCUAGCCCUCAGUCGGCCGCCCCUGGAUCCAAACCUGGGUUUGACAGCACCAUCGGCCAGCCCACCAACAGGACCACCUCGUCUUCUCCUGGUGGUUCGCCUCCUCGGCAAGACGGUUCGGGUUCCAAACACAACCAAACCGGAGUGACUGUUGCUCCUAUCGGCACCCGACCCUCUGGCACCCCGGCUACUACUGCGUCCUCGAAACGAUCGACCACACCCCUUGCUUCUCCUGGAGGCUGGGGUCGGGGUGGCUGGCCGCAGGCUUCCGGACUUGGCGGACAGGCAAGUGUCUGGGCCUAA